CUCCUUUGCUGUGACUUGGCCACGGAGUUUAUGACAAGGGCAGGCCUAACAAUGGAGUGAAGGGGCCAAACAGAAUCGAGAGCACUGGCAUUCCCUGCGCGGAUUCCAGCUAUCCACUAAGCAUUCUCAGAAUCUGCCUAGCGCGCUCGCAGGAAUUCGUUACCAGCAGGUGACGUCGCGUUUGCUUGCGUAGGUGUGUGGACGAUUGGGUCAACUUCAUUAGCAAUUCCGUGCUCCGCAUUCGGUUGUGAUUUGGUGGUCUAUUUUGGGGUGGGAUUCUGCUUCGGAGUCUGACAUUCGGAGUAUUUUGCAGACUUUCAAUCUGGAGCUUUGCUGUAAGAUUUUCAUGGUCACGCCGGAGCGAUUACAAUACCUGAACGCUGGAGGCUUGUUUAGCUUUCAUCGAUCAUUGAGCAGUUGAGCUGAAGCUGGCAUGCUUAUGGGUUCAACAUGGAACUGCAGUGCAGGAGCGCUGCAUUUGCCAAGCGCAGGGAUUCAUGCAGCUGUUUGCCAAGGGAGUAGGCAGUGUGGUGAGUGUGAAGUUAGACAGCCCAUUAUUGGUCUUGGAGAGGGCCACAUUUUUGCCUACUCCUCUCACAGCGGAAAGAUAUCCACAACAAUAGACUGCAGGUUGAGAUCGUCUGUGCAGAAUGGCGGAAUUUUGGCAUCCAGGAGGAAAAUUAGGAAGAGAUCGCUCAACUCUCAAUCUGAUUAUGGAAACAGCUUGGGAGCUUUCACUGUGCGUGAUGGUAUUUGCAAACUAGGAUGCUUGAACCUUGGAUGGUCGCAGAGGUUCACUUUUAGCUCGAUUCAUGCGCACAACAAUAAUAGCUCUAAAAACACAUCUUCGGAGAGCCCCCGAUUUGAUCGUGAGGAAGAUGCAGACCGUGACUCAAGCCAUGUCUUCCAAGACCUUGGCAAGCAAACCAACGCAGAGGAUCAGUUUGCCGGAGAUCAAUAUCAGGCUAACAUGUGGAAUGGAGGAUCUAACGACGGCAGUGCCACAGACAAUAAUGGACACUACCAGAAAUUGUCAAGUACCGUUUCGAAUGCAUCCGACCUUUUCCGUGAAGAGAAAUACACGGAUGAUGAAGAAGAUACAUUUGGGGACAGUGCAGAUAAUGAAAAUGGUGCAGGGUAUGAGUCAUGGAGCGAGGAAAGUGAGCCUAGCUCAGACAACGGUAGCUCUGGAAGUGUGGGAUCUGCAGCUGACUCCUUAGCCAUUGGAGGAAAGGAGCCUGUUUACCAGGUGCUCGAAAUUCACCCUGGUGGAAAUGUUAAUCAACGGGAAGUCAGUAGAAGGCAAUUGUUGAGAAGUAUAGCUGGGUUACGUCUACGGGAUAUUCGUAGUGUUGAUCCGUCAUUGUGGGUCACCAACUCAGCGCCUGCCAUUCUGGUAAGGGACCAGGCUAUCCUCCUCAAUUUGGGUUCGCUGAGGGCAAUAGCAACAUCUCAAAAUGUCCUAAUAUUUGAGCACAAAAGUAUUGGAGCUGAAGCAUUUAUGGCAGCACUACUUCCGCGUCUUCGGAAUAGCAACGGUCACGGUCCGAUUAUGCCUUUCGAAUUGGAGGUUGUUGAGGCCGCUCUUAUUUCAAGAACUCAGCGGCUAGAACGAAUGCUCAUGGAUGUUGAGCCAAAGGUGAUGGCUUUGUUGAAGGUGCUUCCAAUUCGUUACACAGCUGAUGUUCUGGAGGAACUUCGCCUUGGAAAGCAAGCGCUGGUGGAAUUAGCUGCAAAGGCUGGUGCUUUGCGUCAAAUGCUUCUGGAGAUGCUCGAGCAUCCGGAGGAUAUCCGGAAAAUGACUAUCAUGGGACGGACAUGCAAUAUUCGGAAGGCAGAUGGCUCCAUUGAAUGCGUAGUAGAUGUGGACAAAAAGAUUGCAGAAGAUGAGGAAGAGGAAAUUGAAAUGCUUCUGGAGUACUACCUUCAAAGGUGCGAUUCAUGUCACGGUCAAGCUGAGAAGUUGCUGGAUGCUGCCAAAGAGAUGGAAGAUUCUAUUGGUGUUAACUUGAGUUCAAGGCGUCUUGAGGUGAGCCGAUUGGAGCUGUUGCUCCAAGUGGGCACAUUCUGCUCUGCUCUAGGAGCUCUCGUUGCAGGAAUCUUUGGUAUGAAUCUCAAGUCCUACUUGGAAGAGCAUGUGAGGGCAUUCUACUACACAACAGCCGGCAUUGUUUUCGGAGGCAUUGUCUUGUUCAUAAUCAUGUUAAGAUACCUCAAGUCUCGAAGGAUAUUGUGACAAGGCUUACCGUUAAGCCCAUGCCUCUUUAUAUCUCUUUAUGUUUCAUCCACAUCGGUUGUAUAUUCUAUUCACUGAAUGCAUAGUUAGAGUUUUGACAGCGUGUUCAGAUUCAAAUGUGAGAUUUGCAAUAGUUUUGGAGCUAUGAUAAAGUUAUUUUUUUAUCAGAACUCGACCUGAGUAUCACCGAAGACCAUGGACCUGGAAUGAAAUGCCGACUGCCAGUGCCAUGGCUCACAUCUAACUUGU